AUGGAGUCACCUCAAGUUGCGGACAGUGAUGGUUCUCUAGACAAAGUGGACGAUAGUCAUAGCGAAUCUCCUCAUAAAGAACAAGGUAUCUCAGUCUCUGAAGAAGAGGUUAAACAGCUCGAACCCAUAAAUGGACAUGAAGUUGAUACUGGUGAGAAAAGACAACGUAAGAAGGUUCAGAGAUUAUCUGAAACAUGGAAUCGAGCCCAUGAGGCCAAGGAAGAGGAACGGAUCAAAGCAGUCCAAGCAGUCUCAGCAGCAUUUGAGGGGGCUACAGGGACGGCACUCGGUGAGAUCCCACUCAUUGAAGCUUCCAUACGAAAAGCAAAACCUGCUAGCCUCAAAUCACUGCAUUUAAUAAUAUAUGGUAGACCUGGCUCUGCAAGCAAAAUACGUAGCAAUCUACGCAAAUUUCGAGGUUUCGGUUUCGAAAUGGGUUCUGAACCGUACGAAAAAAAAUCAACAUAUAUUCAACAACGUCCUGCUUGUGAUCUACGCGAAGUUCUCCGCAUCUUAAACCUAGAAGUUACAGGUACUCGAGAACAGUUGGCCUCUCGCUUACUGGAAUUCCUACUCAAACCAACCGCUAAUUCUGUGAAAUGUAAAGGAAAGAUCGUUAAAAAAUAUAAACAAAAAAAUAAAUCUAAAGAUAUUACCUCUAAAAAAUCGAGAUCAAAACCAUCGAAAAAGAACACUAUCUCAAAUGAACCUAGCAUAGAUAAUUCAAGUCAGCAGGAUAUUGAUGAACCUGAUGAUAUGUCGUCUGAAUCUGAGAACUCAGAAAGUGAUAUAUCAGAUGCAGCUGAAUCAAUCGAAAAAAAGCAGCCACCAAAGAAACGUGCUUUAAGUCAACGACAAAAACAAAAACCUGUUAAACCUAGUAUUAAACGAGCUAAAAAACAUGAACUUAGUGAUACAGAAGAUGAAAAUGAUCAUAAACAUAUUCCGACUAAAAUGAAAAAAGAACUUGAUUCUGAUGAAGAAAAUGUUCCUCUGUCUAAUUUAACAUCCACAAAAGUAACUACUCCAACUGAUUCUGAAUUAAAGAAAAAUAUAAUUGAUCUACUUAAAACAGUUAAUUUAGAAGAGACAUCUCUUAAAGUUGUUCGAGAAAAGAUUUUUGCUAAUUAUCCUAAUAUUGACUUAUCUGAUCGCAAGGAUUUCAUUAAUUCCACUGUUAAAGAGUUUCACAAUAUGGAAUUAAGCCAUCGUGUCCCGUUUUUAUCCAAGGUUUCUGAAGUUUAUAGUCGAAAUACAAAUGGUGAUAAGUCAUUCUUGAAACGCAAUAUUGUAAAUGGGCAGUCAAAACUUCAAUGGAUUUUACUAUCCAUUAUUGUAGUUGCUUUCUCAACAUUACUACUAAUUAGUGUGUAUUAUUUCUUUUUCCGUUCAUUUUCUUUUGGGAACAUGAGUUUGGACAUUGAUAUGUUGGAGGUGAAAAAAUGUCCUGGAUGUGCUGGACAAUCUAUUUGUCCACAUUUUUAUCGUGGAGAAAUUCGAUUCACUAGUAGUCAAACUAAUAUUUUUCAAUCUACCAAAGAUAGGUUAUCCUUUCCUGUUGUUGGAUACAAAGCUACUAUGGGUCUUUACGAAAAUACUAGAUAUGUUCUUCUUCGCCGUCUUGGAAGUCCAGCCACGCCAUAUGCCGUUGAUGAAGCUGUUUGUCGACGAGGUUUGAGACAAGGUUCUCAUAUGUUCUCACAGUCUCUUCUAGCUAAUCUUUCUUGUAUACCACAUCUUUCGAUUUGGCGCUGGCGCCCAACAAAUGCUGAUAAUCAUGAUCCAUUUAGUAACUCAGUAGAAUCUCCGCUUGGCAGAGAAGUUCUGGCAGUUCCAAUUUCUUCAGUAAAUCAAAAAAGUGUGGAAAAUAAAAGUGUUGUAAAAUCAAGUUUUGCUCCAGCCACACGGUGUUCUAGCGAUCGUUUGUUUGAACAUCUUCAAAAGAGAUUUUUAGAACGAACAAGCUUUGGAGCUGAAACUCGUUGGUUACGUUUUGAUGAAUUGAUGUUCCUUUUUAAUUUGGCAAUCGAUCCUCAAAGUGUAAUCAUACAAUCGUUUCCACGCAAAGAAAAUUGGCCUUUUCCAAGUUAUUUAGGCUCUUGUGGACGCUGGUCUGUUGAAGAAUAUCAUGGUGUACCACUUAGCUAUUUCUGUUUGGCUCCUUUAUGGAUAAGAUUACAGAUUUUGUUAAAUAUUCUCAGUCUACCAGAGAAAUUAGAGCAUCAAUCUGCUGAUGAAAUGAAUCAUGGUAGUUUUAUUCAUGAUAUGCAUAAACAUAAUUCAUCUGAUGGUUAUACAAUAUACCUUGGAGAUUUUGAUUUAAACUCAUUAUUUCUAGUAGAUCCUACAACAUAUGAUGUAACCAUUUCGAAUUUAAGACAUGCAAUUAUUGUUGACACAAAAACCUUAAUUAACUUUCAUUUUAAAUCGAUCAUUGAAAAAGAACAUACUGUACCAACUAAUGCUUUAGUGAAAGUACUCAAUGGUUUACAAUUACACAAUUGUUUUGGUAAUAUAUCUACUUCAGGUGAUACAGAUGGUGAUACACCACCAUGUUUACAUACUAAUCAUGUUGAUAAUUUAUGCUCAUAUCAAAAAUCGGAUCAUAAUAUCUGGGUUAUAUGUACUAGUUUAUUAUAUGGUGUUAAUAGUAAAGAUAAUAAUCAUUGUAAUAAUUUUCUUUAUCAAAUGCCAAAUGAAUUAUAUACACUUAUUGAACGUUGUGUUCAUGAAUCGGGAAUUGGUGUAAGACGUCAAUUAAUUGAAAAAGCUCGUCAUUUAAUCAAACAAAAUAUUUGACAUGUUAACUUGUCUCUUCUUCAAUUAAUUUAGUUAAUAUAAAAUUAAGUCAUUCACCGCGUGUGUGUGUGUGUGUUUGACUGUUUUUUAUUCGUUUAUUUAGUUACUAGGUGGUAGACGAGUUGUUUAGUGCAUUUUUUAAAAUAAAAAAACGUAACUAAUUAUUUUUGCAUUUUAAACUAAUUGGCCUAUAUUAGUCUGUUUUUUUUCCUUAUCAUAUUUACGAUUAGUUUGUUUAAUCUCUCUUUUUUUCUGGCUGUGAUAAUCAGUUUAAUCAUUCCCCCCACUUUUUUUUACACAAUUCUUAAAGUUUUUACAAAAUGGAAUCAUAUUUUUAUUCCUAAAUGUUUCGUGGUUUUGGUAGUUGUUUGACAUUUUAUUGUAAAAUGUUUUAUGCAUAUCAGUACGUUAAAAAUGGUUGGAUUUGUG